CGAGUCUCCACGCUCGACUUGAUACCUAAAGCUCAGAAAAGCAGACAGCGAAAGCGGACAGGGAAAAAAAAAAAGCUAAAAUGGUCAACGCGCUGGACGACUACGCGGACGCGAGCACCACGCGCAACAUCGACGAGAAUGUGCACACUCUGCCCGUUGCUUACGAUGAGAAGGACGAUAUGGAGUCGCUCAAGGCCCGUCUGCAGCGCCGAAAGAAACCCAUUUACGCUGGUCUCGCCUUCCUAGCUGUGGUCAUCAUUGGCGUCUCCGUUGGCUUCUCCUCGACUGGAAGCUCCAGUGCCAACACGGAGUCCGCACAGAAGGAGACUGUGGCUCCUCCGAGCAGUGCGGAUGACUCGACUCAGACCAAUCAGCAGACCCAAGAGGACUCUGACGCUGGCGCUGUUAAGGCUGCCAAGGACCCGGUCUCGUCUUCUAGCAGCUCCAAGUGGAGUUCAUACAGCACGUCCGGAUCCGAAUCUGUUGCUGGAGAGGCUUCAGCUGCUCAAGGCUGGUCGCUAAACUCGACGGAGGGUUCUUCAGCGUCUACGCCCACUCCGACCCCCACGUCGACGCAGACUCCGACGCAGAGCUCGUCGGGUGAAGCUCUGGCCUACAGUAUCGUGGACUUUGACUGGAGCGAGGCGUCCAACUGGGAGUACGCCAGUGGCGCCAUUGUGUCGUCCAACAUGGUAACCAGCAACGGUAUCACGUUGAACCCGGCCAACAGUGCCGAGCCUAUUCGUACCAAAGAAGGAUGGAGUGGAGAGAAGGUUGUGUACAUUGAAUGGGAACGCACCAGCACGAGUGACACAAAUAUCUGGAUGCUUAACACUAAACUCCAGAGCCAGUUCGGAAAGGGCAAUGGCUGGCCAUACUGGGGGGAACUCGAUCUCUUCGAGAUGUUUACACAAGACGCUGCGGACAUCCCCGCGUACGACUACAGUGGCUUCGGAGGCUUCUCGGAUGUCUCUAGCUAUGGCCAAUUGACGAUGCACAUGGGUCCAGCGACGGAGAAUGGCAGUCCGUGCUUCUGUCCUGCCAGUCCUUCCAAGAGUUCGUGGUACCAGAACACGCAGCCAAUGACUUCGGGUUGCACGGCUCAGUUCUCGAACGACGAGUCCAACUCGAUUGCCGCCGUGUGGGGCUCGGACGGUACAGGUCAGUACAUCCAGCUCAUCCAGAAGCCGACGAUCACGAAGGGUGGCAAGCUGAAUGAUGUCGACACGUACGACGUGGCUACGGGCAGUGGCGCUGUCACGUCCAAGAUCUACAACAACGCUGAGCUGUUCUGGGGCGUGGAUGCCUCGGACUCGUGCGCUAAGGCUGGCGGCCACGACGCUACGUCUGGUUUCCCGUUCUUCGAGAGCUUCCGCAUCAUUCUCGAGGAACAGAAGAAGGGCGAUUCCAGUGCUUCGUUCACGGUCAAGAACAUCCAGAUCUUCACUAAGAACUAGAAAAGAGUUGAGGGAAAAGUAGGGUAUAUUGCCUCACUAGUGAACGUUUUUUGCACUCGUUU